AUGACCGCAAAGACUUUUCUACUACAGGCCUCCGCUAGUCGCCCUCGUAGUAACCAUUUUAAAAAUGAGCAUAAUAAUAUUCCAUUGGCGCCUGUACCGAUCGCCCCAAAUACCAACCAUCAUAACAAUAGUUCGCUGGAAUUCGAAAACGAUGGCAGUAAAAAGAAGAAGAAGUCUAGCUUGGUGGUUAGAACUUCAAAACAUUGGGUUUUGCCCCCAAGACCAAGACCUGGUAGAAGAUCAUCUUCUCACAACACUCUACCUGCCAACAACACCAAUAAUAUUUUAAAUGUUGGCCCUAACAGCAGGAACAGUAGUAAUAAUAAUAAUAAUAAUAACAUCAUUUCGAAUAGGAAACAAGCUUCCAAAGAAAAGAGGAAAAUACCAAGACAUAUCCAGACAAUCGAUGAAAAGCUAAUAAACGACUCGAAUUACCUCGCAUUUUUGAAGUUCGAUGACUUGGAAAAUGAAAAGUUUCAUUCUUCUGCCUCCUCCAUUUCAUCUCCAUCUUAUUCAUCUCCAUCUUUUUCAAGUUAUAGAAAUAGAAAAAAAUCAGAAUUCAUGGACGAUGAAAGCUGCACCGAUGUGGAAACCAUUGCUGCUCACAACAGUCUGCUAACAAAAAACCAUCAUAUAGAUUCUUCUUCAAAUGUUCACGCACCACCCACGAAAAAAUCAAAGUUGAACGACUUUGAUUUAUUGUCCUUAUCUUCCACAUCUUCAUCGGCCACUCCGGUCCCACAGUUGACAAAAGAUUUGAACAUGAACCUAAAUUUUCAUAAGAUCCCUCAUAAGGCUUCAUUCCCUGAUUCUCCAGCAGAUUUCUCUCCAGCAGAUUCAGUCUCGUUGAUUAGAAACCACUCCUUGCCUACUAAUUUGCAAGUUAAGGACAAAAUUGAGGAUUUGAACGAGAUUAAAUUCUUUAACGAUUUCGAGAAACUUGAGUUUUUCAAUAAGUAUGCCAAAGUCAACACGAAUAACGACGUUAACGAAAAUAAUGAUCUCUGGAAUUCUUACUUACAGUCUAUGGACGAUACAACAGGUAAGAACAGUGGCAAUUACCAACAAGUGGACAAUGACGAUAAUAUGUCUUUAUUGAAUCUGCCAAUUUUGGAGGAAACCGUAUCUUCAGGGCAAGAUGAUAAGGUUGAGCCAGAUGAAGAAGACAUUUGGAAUUAUUUACCAAGUUCAAGUUCACAACAAGAAGAUUCAUCACGUGCUUUGAAAAAAAAUACUAAUUCUGAGAAGGCGAACAUCCAAGCAAAGAACGAUGAAACCUAUCUGUUUCUUCAGGAUCAGGAUGAAAGCGCUGAUUCGCAUCACCAUGACGAGUUAGGUUCAGAAAUCACUUUGGCUGACAAUAAGUUUUCUUAUUUGCCCCCAACUCUAGAAGAGUUGAUGGAAGAGCAGGACUGUAACAAUGGCAGAUCUUUUAAAAAUUUCAUGUUUUCCAACGAUACCGGUAUUGACGGUAGUGCCGGUACUGAUGACGACUACACCAAAGUUCUGAAAUCCAAAAAAAUUUCUACGUCGAAGUCGAACGCUAACCUUUAUGACUUAAACGAUAACAACAAUGAUGCAACUGCCACCAAUGAACUUGAUCAAAGCAGUUUCAUCGACGACCUUGACGAAGAUGUCGAUUUUUUAAAGGUACAAGUAUUUUGA